AUGGUGUCUUCGAUCUCGUCCACGGAGUCCAAGCACGCCGAACCGGUGGCCAAAAACACGACUGCUCACCAAGAGUUCUCCAAGCAAGCCGAUGGCGGUCUUGCCCUCUCAGAGGACCGGGUAGUCGUUACUGAAGCCGAUGUGAGUCUUUGGUUUUCUCGCCUGCCGCUAGCGCAAGCGGCGCGUGACUUCGGCGACGCCUCGGCUCGGUGAGCUCACCUCGACGGUUGAUCAUCCCUUUUGCGUCACAGAGUCGACGAAUCUGCCGCCGGACUGACAUCCAUGUCCUCAUUCUCCUCGCAUGGGGUAAGCCUUUAUGUUGCAUCAAUUGAAACUCAUUUCUGUCCGAUUUGACUAACACCUUUCCUGCAGUCUACUUCCUUCAAAUUUCGGACAAGUCCAUCAUUGGUCUCUCGGCCGUCUUUGGCCUGAAGAAGGAUGCCCACCUCGUAGGAAAUCAAUACUCGAAUAUCGGUAACAUUGGGUACUACGCUCAACUCGCCAUGCAGCCGCUCGCAGCGUACCUGCUUGUCAAGGUCCAAGUGCGCCAAUUCGUACCCUUGAUUGUCCUCCUCUGGGGUGUCUCGCUCGUCGGGAUGGCCGUGUCGACCAACUACCGUGCCUUGCUCGCCACUCGAUUCCUCCUGGGUGCUUUCGAGGCGGCUAUUCUCCCCGCCUUUGCGAUGAUCACCUCGGCAUGGUAUCGCCGCUCCGAACAGCCCCUGCGCGUUGCCACUUGGGUGAGUUGCCCUACCCGAUGACUUGAAGUGGCCUUGAGCAAAACGCAAAUUGACUUUGAUACAUUUGAUCAUCUCAAAGUAUCUACAAAAUGGCACGGCGGUUCGUUCAUCAUAAAAGCACGUGGUAUCGUAAAGACUGCUGUCUGACGCUGCUACUUCUCUUCACCUUUGCAGACGAUGGUCGGCUCCGCCCUCGUUUACGGCAUCGGCCACAUCAAGUCGAGCUCGCUCUUUACCUACCAGAUCGUGUUCCUCAUCUAUGCCCUCGUGACCGUGAUCACCGCUCCGAUCUUGUACUGGCGGAUGGACAAUAGCCCCAUGGAGGCUCGUUUCUUGUCGCCUGAGGAUCGACAAAGGGCCGUGGAGCGCCUGCGCGCCAACCAGACCGGUAUUGCCUCUUCCGAGUUCAAAUUAUCCCAGGUCAUUGAGCUCUUCACCCAACCGUCGGCGUGGAUCUUCCUCGCCUGCUCCUUCUGUGUUAACGUCGGUGCCUCGGUCUCGAACGUUUUCGGUCCCCUGAUCCUCCAACAACUCGUCGGCUUCACCGCGUACGAGUCGAUGCUGCUCAACAUCCCCUUCGGAGCGAUCCAGUUGCUCGCGAUUCUCUUGUCGUCGUGGCUCGCGUACCGCUUCAAGCUUAAGUCCGUCAUCCUCGCCGCGUUCAUGGUGCCCGUCGUGAUCGGUGUCGCGAUUUUGUACGCCGUCCCUCACACCAAGGCGCACCGCUCGGCGCUCUUGGUCGGCUACUACCUCAUCGGCUUUGUCUUUGCCGCGAACCCUCUUCUCGUCACUUGGAUCAGCGCCAACACGGGUGGUCAAACCAAAAAGUCGGCCGUCUUCACCGCUUACAACGCCGCUUCGUCGAUCGGUAACAUUGCCGGACCUUUCAUCUUCAAGUCCAAAGACGGGCCCGACUACUAGUCAGUUUCAGCAAGGUCUUUCUCCCCCGCUUUGCUUUGAGCCGUACUGACCCCUCUACCUUCCCGCUUCUCUCCUCUCAGCCCCGGUCUCAAAGGCACCCUCGCAAUCUUUUGCGUGCUCAUCGGUCUCAUCGGAUUGCAAGCCGCGAAUCUCGCCUGGUUGAACCGCCAAAAAGCGGCGCAACGCGUCGCGAACGGUCAAACCGCGCAAAUCAACGAUACGUCCAUGGCGACCAAGUUUGAACAAGUCGAUCAUGGUCUGGAGAACGCUUUCCUCGAUAUGACCGAUAAGCAGAACCCGGACUUCGUCUACGUUUUGUAA